AUGUAUACUGUUUAUGGCAGUGAGGUGUCUAACACAUAUGGCCAAGCAGAAUCUAAUCUCCUCGCUGGAAGUAAUUUAGAAUCAACUAUUCAGCAGAUUCUAGAAAUGGGGGGAGGAAGUUGGGAUCGGGAUACUGUGAUCCGAGCUCUUCGUGCUGCGUAUAACAAUCCUGAAAGAGCUGUUGAGUAUCUCUAUUCUGGUAUCCCCGAACAAGCUGAAGCUCCAGCAGUUGGACUAAGGGAUUUCACUGACUUGUUGUGGAUGGUGUAUCGUUCAGCUCGUCAGAAGAAAGCUGUUAAGAUUUUCCCCAGGCCUACUGCCGGACCUCUCAGGCCUAUUGUUCAUGGACAAACUCAGAAAUAUAACAUGAAACUUAGGGCUGGUAAAGGGUUUUCUCUUGAGGAAUUGAAGGUAUAA